AUGGGUCCACUGCCUUUGUGCCUGCCAGUAGGGCUGUCGCUGUUGCUGCUACUGGGACCCGGACUCGGGCUCAGCUCAGCUUCCCAGAGGUCACAUGUGCACCGACGUGGGCUCAUAGAACUGGCAGGGACUGUGCACUGUGCUGGCACCCGCACCGCCAUGGCCUACAUGAACUACGGCUGCUAUUGUGGCCUGGGUGGCCAUGGCCAGCCCAGGGAUGCCAUUGACUGGUGCUGUCAUUCCCACGACUGCUGCUACAGACGUGCUGAGGAUGCUGGCUGCAGUCCCAAGAUGGAGCGCUAUUCCUGGCAGUGUGUCAAUCAGCACAUCCUGUGUGGACCAGUGGAGGACAAAUGCCAAGAACUCAUGUGCAAGUGUGACCGGGAGAUUGCUUACUGUUUAGCCAAAACUGAGUACAACUUAAAGUACCUCCUUUACCCCCGUUUCUUGUGUGGGAAGGACUCACCCAAGUGUGACUGACUAGCCUGACUUGAAAUGUCUUUUUUGCACAAGGAAAUAAAACUUCUUUUUGCGGAUCAACAGCCUUAUUCAGUUCUUUGCAGGAGGAAGCUGGGGCCAAUUGUUAAAGCUGAAACCCCUGUGUUUGCUUUCACUCCUGUCCUGCAACUUGGGGCUAGAGCCAGUUUUGUUUCCAGCUUGAUCAUGUCAAAAGCCCCAUGCCUAUUUUAUAAAACCACAACUGUAUUUAUGACUGUAUUAGGUUUGGUACCAUUUGAGGUUCAACCUUUAUGAAAAGAGCUGAGCCUUGUCUUCUAACCUGCUCCCGAUGGCAGGUAGUCAAAAGU